AUGGGCGUCAUUACUAUCGAGACCGAUGUCGAUAGCAUUUCAACGGCUCUGGCCGUACUGGGCUUCUACAUCGUCAUCAUUGGUCUGGGCUCCUACACGCUCAAAGAGAAGCUCUACCUGUCAGAUGCGCUCAUCGCCAUCAUCGUCGGUAUCAUCGUCGGACCCAUUGGCACAAACUGGAUAUCGCCUUGGAUCUGGUCAGACUAUGACGAAGAGCUGAGGAACAAGAUCACAUACGAGUUCAUGCGUAUCGUCAUUGGCAUCCAAGUCUUGUUCUGUGGCAUCAGCUUGCCCGGAAAGUACUUGCUCAAGGCAUGGAAGUCACUGGCGAUGAUCUUGCUGCCCGUCAUGACCGCGGCCUGGUUCGUGUCUUCACUCAUCAUCUGGGGACUCGUGCCCGGUCUCACCUUUCUCGAGGCGCUCUGCAUCGGCGCCUGUCUCGCCCCAACAGAUCCCGUCUUGAGUAACAGCGCUCUCAAGGGCAGAUUCGCUGAGAAGCACGUACCCACUCAUCUGCGCAAUUUCCUCGCCGCCGAGUCCGGCGCGAACGAUGGUCUCGGGUUUCCCUUUAUUUUUCUGGCGAUAGAUCUCAUGAAGCGGCGUGUCGAGGGGCAUACCAUCGCUGAAGGUCUCCAACAAUGGAUAGUCGCAACAUGGGUCUACCAGAUCGUCAUUUCCUGCCUGGCUGGCGUCAUCAUCGGCUGGGGCGCAAGUAAGACCUUGCAAGAAGCUCGCAAGCGGCAGUUCAUAGAUCACGAAUCGUUCCUGUCAUACGGCUUCGGUCUAGCUUUCUUCACGCUCGGCGUGCAGGGCCUCAUGGGGUCAGAUGAUAUCCUAUGCGCGUUCAUAGUCGGCAACGCUUUCACAUGGGAUGACGUUUAUCGACGAGAGACAGAGGACCACAGCUUUCAAGACUUGAUCGAGUCACUCGUCAAUUCGGCUGUCUUUAUCUACAUCGGCACAAUCCUGCCAUGGUCAGACUUUGGCAAUAUGGCCUUUCAGCUGACAGCAUGGCGACUUGUCGUCGUCGCCAUCCUCAUCUUACUCAUCAGACGACUGCCCUGGGUCUUAUUGACAUACCCUUGGAUUCCCGACAUUGUCGACGCCCGAGAGGCAGUCUUUGCGGGAUUCUUCGGUCCCAUGGGUGUUGGUGCCGUAUAUUAUGCCCAAGUCGCCUUGCGAGAGCUGCCAGAGGAACGCACACAUCUACGAGAAGUGAUUGUGCCGACGGUAUACAUGGUCGUUCUGUGUUCAGUCAUCGUACAUGGCACCACUCUGCCCAUCUCAAGCUUUGGUACGAAGGUCGUCACACGCACGCUCAGCACCUUUUCGACAAGCUCUGGCUCGGGCACUCGCGCAAACAGCGACGUCGAGAGCGGACCGCUGACGCCGACACUGAAAGAUGGUCAGGAGCAUACGCACGAGGUUCCCAAGAAUGGCUUCUUUGGCGACGGAGAUCAUGAUCAUCGGACAGCCUCACGACCCCACGGAGCCGCAAAAGCCGGCGCAGGCAGCGGCGGAGGAGCUAGUGGCGAGGACAGGCGGGUCGCUUUCGCCGGCGACGAGGCCGGAAGCUCAGGCAGCAGCGAGACUGCAACCGGUCACGACCAAGAAGCGAAAGAGCAUCCUCAUUCCAAGGACAUGAAGGAAGCCAUCGGUCGACGUAACGACGAAGACGAGGUGUAUCGCGAAGGCAAGUUUGUCGUCAUCGAGUGCAAGGACGGCACAGUACGUAAAGAGCUCGCGAGCGAUUAUGACCGAGAGAAUGCACAGUCGGGGGAGGACAGCAGCGGCCAGAGGAAGCACGUGCUUGUGCCGAGCAAGAUGAUCGCGAUGCCUUUGAGAAGGAUCAGCUUGGUAGCUUCCAAGCAUCCUAUCGAGCUCGUCGUCUUGGGCUUCAUCCUCGUCACGCUCAGCUACUUCCAGGUCGUCAGGAUAGUGAGGACGUCAGAGUUUCUCAGGCAGCCGGAUCAAGCUACGGGCGCUCAUACUGCCGUUGGGCAAGAUCCCAAAAGCUGGCACGAGCGACUGAUCACCUUUGAAAAGACAUCUGGACAGUCCUUCUGGGCACAGGUGUCUGCAUCUCCAGCGCUCAGUGAUGAUCAGAUCGUCGUGCAAGAGGUCGUCGUCGCUCUUGAUCGCGCAGGCCAGCCCACGCCGACGAGUCCAGAUCAAGAGACUUUCGAGGCUUACCUUGAUUCGCUAGCGAGCGUGUUGACGCACGACGUCGCCAUCAAUUCGAGUAGAGGUCGCACAGACAAAGCAUUAGACUACGCUGCACUGUGCUAUCGAGCCAAUCCGAGCGACCAGACUUGCUUGACGGACAGCAUCUCCUUUGCCACCGAUAGAAGCGAAAGAGAUUAUGCCUACAUACCACCUGCAAAGCAGUCCGCCAGCCUUUUCUUUGCGCUCAAGGGUGACGCGGAAGACGUGCGUCAGUGGGCUGCGGCUAUCGCUGAUACAUCGCGCCUUGAGCCUUUGUUGGCGUCACAUGCCUCUAGGCCUUCAACGGCAGACUCGCCAGCACGACCGACAGCCACAGCAGUGACGUCGAAGCCCUUUUCGCUGGCCAAUAGGCCCUUAGAUGUCAAGCCAGGCCUAGGCUUCACCUUCAGCUUCAGCCCCAGAGCACGGUCGCCUGAAGGUACAAUGACGAUGGAUGAAAUGCAGAGCUCGAAAUGGGUCAUAUACGCCUUGAGAGCAUUCUUCAUGCGCUUUCUACACUUAGCCAGAAAAGCAGACUCUGCUGAUAUUUUCGUCAUGCUCAUGGGCUAUGUCGUCAUGCACGGCACUUUCGUCAGUCUCUUUCUCAACAUGCGCAAGUUGGGCAGCAAAUUUUGGCUAGGCGCAUCAGUGCUACUUUCAUCCACCUUUGCUUUCUUCGUGGCUCUGUUGAUCGCUCACUUGUCGAGUCUCAAGGUCAAUCCAGUACUGCUGUCAGAGGCCUUGCCUUUCCUAGUCAUCACUGUCGGCUUCGAGAAGCCAUUUCUCCUCACAAAAGCCGUCUUCGAUAAUCCCGCCAUUGCACCACUGGGACAGCCAGAUCGUCCUGGAGGCGAGGAGAACUACUUCGUGCCAAGAUCACAUCGCAACCAAUUCAGAGAGACGAGCUCAGGCAUCGGCAGCCCAACCGGUGACCGCACUCGUAAGGUCGGCGUUCGCUGGGCCGCCCCCUGCUCUGCAAGCGAUAUCGUCGUUGCUGCAGUAGAAAAGACAGGCAGUGGCAUCGUUCGGGAUUACGUUAUCGAAUUCGCCGUACUCACUGUUGGCGCAAUGAGCGGACUAUCCGGACUCAAAGAAUUCUGUCAUCUCGCUGCUCUCAUCCUCGUCUUUGACUGCGCCUUCCUCUUCUCGUUCUAUGUCGCCAUUCUCACCGUCAUGGUUGAAGUACAUCGCAUCAAAAUCAUGCGCGGGCUAAAGCGUAACGAUUCCUCUGCCGACCUCGCGCGCAUUCUAGACGAUGGCAGCACAACUUUCUAUGACCCGCCAGCACCUAUCAGCAACCUCACAGCUAGUCAGAAGCUUGUCAAGCUUGUCACGGGUAGCGCGCCGGGUGACAAGGCCAUGCAAUCCAGCCCGACAGCUCGCCUGAAGCUGCUCUUGCUGAUAUCGUUCCUCGUGCUCCAUAUCAGUAACCUGCUGACUACGCUAAGACCCAGCACAGAGUCGUUCGCGACCAGUCUAACCAGCAAUGACUCGGCCAGCGCGCUCGCUACAUCGCCUAGCCUCACUCCCUUCUUGUCAGCGCUUGCAGGCUCGACAUCUGGCAAAGUCGUGGCAACGAUCGCACCUAAGGUCCAGCUGCGUGUUUUCUUGCCUGGCACUGCAGUCGCAACCUCCAGCUCCCUGGAAGUGCUCGGUCGCCUCAUGGGCACUUGGAGUCAUAUCGUUGGCGACCCUGUCAUGAGCAAGUGGAUCAUCAUCGCUCUGGCAGUCAGCGUGUUCCUCAAUGGCUAUCUGCUCAAAGGGUUCGCUGUCGGCCCAGGAGGAACAGGCGAGGGCUUUGCACCAGCUAGCGCCGGCGAGGCAGCCGCGCGCAUCCUCAUCGCGUCCACGCGCGCUCAUGCAAACGGUAAAGAAGCCGACGGGCGCAUGAAGAUGAAACGCAGAUGGUCUGGUGGCGUUGAAGGGCUCUCGAAGCUGCAAAACGAUUGGACGCUCGCUGACGCUGCAAGGCUCGCCAAAGAAAGGCGACUCAAGAUGGUGGCAGAGGAGGAAAGACGUGAUGCCGCUUUCCGCAGGUUGAGUCAUUCUUCACAAGACAGCAAUUCGCCCCCUGCAUCUCCCAUCUUCGUCAGACCAAAGGCUCGGCGACCAGAUCAAGGGGAGACUGGUAAUGGGGUCUCGUACAAAGAAUUAUCAACAGAAACGCUCCGACCUUUGUCGACGCAACCCACGAUCGCGGUCACGCGCAGUGAUGACGCAAGCUCUGCUGAUUCCGAAGCCAACUCGAACUCAUCGGUCUCUGAUCCCGAUUCGUCAGAGACCAAUUUCACGCCGGCAACGACCGUCGCUGGCGAGAGCUUGCCCGUCACGCCAAUCUCGGCGUCAAUCAAGCUCAACGCAAGGCCACGAUCAUUCGAGCAGUGCAUCGACAUAUAUGCGGCUGGCGAGGGAAUCGAUCUUCUGGUCGACGAGGAAGUCGUUCUGCUCGUGCAGAAGGGUCGCAUUGCAGCCUAUGCCCUCGAGAAGCUUCUCAAAGACAACGACAGGGCAGUGCGCAUCCGCCGCGCUCUCAUUUCUCGAGCGUCGACUACAAAGUCACUAGAGAAGAGUCUGCUGCCAUUCCGUCAUUACGACUACGACAGAGUCAUUGGCCAGUGCUGCGAGAACGUGGUCGGCUACAUGCCCGUCCCUGUCGGCAUUGCAGGUCCCCUCAGAAUUGACGGUCAUGCACUGCCGAUACCGAUGGCGACAACGGAAGGCGCGCUCGUCGCUUCGACGUCCAGAGGCUGCAAAGCUCUCAAUGCAGGCGGGGGAGUGACCACGGUCUUGACACAAGAUGCCAUGACACGUGGCCCAGCGCUCGAGUUUCCUUCGAUCACGUCUUGCGCCCGGGCAAAGAAAUGGAUCGAUUCGCAAGAAGGGUCAGACCUCAUGAAGGCGGCUUUCAACUCUACCUCUCGGUUUGCCCGACUUCAAAGUCUCAAGACUGCAAUGGCGGGACGUACGUUAUUCGUGCGAUUCGCAACGCAAACGGGCGAUGCGAUGGGCAUGAAUAUGAUCUCCAAAGGCACCGAGAAAGCACUUGAGAUGAUGAUGACCGAGCACUUUCCGGAGAUGAUUGUCGCAUCGCUCUCCGGCAACUAUUGCACCGAUAAGAAGCCAGCUGCUAUCAAUUGGAUCGAAGGCCGAGGAAAGAGCGUCGUCGCGGAGGGAGUUAUCCCGGGAAGCGUUGUCAAAUCUAUCUUGAAGACGACUGUGGCAGACAUCGUCAAGCUCAACAUCACUAAGAACCUCGUCGGGAGCGCAAUGGCAGGCUCGAUUGGAGGGAACAAUGCCCACAGCAGCAACAUCUUAACGGCAAUCUUUUUGGCAACCGGUCAGGAUCCUGCGCAGAACGUCGAAAGUGCAAACUGUAUGACGCUCAUGGAAGCGGUCAACGGUGGCCAGGAUCUGCUCAUCACAUGUACCAUGCCCAGUAUAGAGGUCGGCACAGUCGGAGGAGGAACGACGCUGCCGCCGCAGAGCGCAAUGCUAGAAAUGCUAGGCGUAAAAGGUCCGCAUGCGACUGCGCCAGGCGAUAAUGCGCGACGACUGGCUCGCAUCAUCUGCGCUGCCGUCAUGGCGGGCGAGCUGUCCUUGAUGAGCGCUCUUGCAGCCGGGCAUCUGGUGAAGUCACACAUGCAGCACAAUCGCGCGCCUGCAGCUGCCCCUACUACGACGGACAUCACCGGUCAUACCUAUCUGACGCCCCUGCCGACUAGGCCGAAUACGCCUGGGCCAUCGAGCCUCGCAUUGAACCGGUUGGGUAUGAUAGGGCCUCUGACGCAAGCCACACCCUCGCUCUCGCCCGCGACAUCCUCAACGCCUACGCAUCGCUAG